AGGUAGCAUCUAGUCAAGUCUAAAACCUCGUGGAGUUCUUUCAUUGACCAUCAAAAGAUGCUCAUCAUCAAAUCACCCACCAAGAUCCAACGGCUGUGAUUGAAUCCUACCCUCAACUCUUCAAAACCCAAGUGUCCCUUCUCACACUUGAAAGAGAAAAAAAAAAAAAAAAAAGGCAACAACUUGCACUCUCUCUCUCUCUUAACACUUUGUCCUAUAUAUCUCAAAGUCUUCUUGGUUGGUAAUGCGUUUCUCAAUAAGCAGCCAUGUCUAACAACGCCCCAAGUUCUCUAAGAUUCUCAUCUCUAAGCCGCCUCAACAAGAAUUGCCUUGUUUUCUUGUGAGUUUCUUCAGAGAGAGAAAGACAGAGGAAGGAGAGAGAAAGAGAAAGAGAGAAGUAAAUUCCGAAACAUACACACAUACCCACAUAGAAAAGUUUGAAUCUUUUUGGUGUGUUUUUGUUUGUGUGUUUUUUUGCAGAGAUGGGUCAUGGAGAAAAGAUCAGUCCAAGGAGCUUCCAUUUGCAUCGCCACCUCCUCCAACAUGGUGAGAAGAACAACAACAACAUCAACAACAACAGUAGCAACAAAGUGUUUAAGGAUGUUAUUCCAAAAGGGUUUAUGGCAAUAAAGGUAGGUCAAGGUGAAGAACAACAAAGGUUUGUUGUUCCUGUUAUAUACUUCAACCACCCACUCUUCAUGCAAUUAUUGAAGGAAGCUGAAGAAGAGUAUGGUUUUGAUCAGAAAGGAACCAUAACUAUACCUUGCCAUGUUGAAGAAUUCAGGAACGUUAGCGGCUUGAUUGAUAGGGAAAAGAGUUUCCAUAAUCAUCAUCAUCAUCAUCACCAUGUUGGUUGCUUUGGUUUUUAAUUUGAUGAUGAUGAUGGAAAUUAAAGAAGGGAAAAAAAAAGGCAUGAAAAUAAUAGAAUAAAUAUCAUCAUGACCAAAAAUCAUGGCUUCUUUUCAUAAUGAUUUGGUCAUGUAAAUGACUAGUUUAAUUUAGGUUUUUUUUUUAUAUAAU